GAUUCUGACGCACUAAUAUUAUAUACAGUUAGUUGGGAUUCAUACAUUUACCAAAGAAAGGUAGCUAGAGGAAAGAGACCGUAUCUCCCCCAUCUAUUUACUCCUAGAAUAUAUAACUUGAGGACUUGAAGUGGAACUCACUCGAACGCUGUCUUCCUGUCUGAAACACCAAUCUUGCUUCCUUGAGAGAGAGAGAGGGAGGGAGGGAGGGAGGGAGGGAGAAGAAAAACAAGAAAAAAGCCGAUGGCUCCUAGGAGCAGUAAAUGCAAUAAAAAGGAAGCUAACAGAGGAGCAUGGACAGCUGAAGAGGACCAAAAACUUGCCCAAGUCAUUGAAAUUCAUGGUCCGAAGAGGUGGAGAUCCGUUGCAGCCAAAGCAGGUCUGAACAGAUGUGGUAAGAGUUGCAGGUUGAGAUGGAUGAAUCAUCUUAGACCAAAUAUUAAGAGGGGUAACAUAUCAGACCAAGAAGAGGACUUGAUAGUUAGGCUUCAUAAGCUCCUUGGAAACAGAUGGUCUUUGAUAGCUGGAAGACUGCCUGGAAGGACUGAUAAUGAGAUCAAGAAUUAUUGGAAUUCUCAUUUGAGCAAAAAAAUAAAGCAAAAUGAGAAGCCAGUGAGAAGCUCGACAUGGCAAGAACCUGAUACUGUGAAAACUAAGGUACUGGACAUGGACAAUGUUGCCAAGAGAAGUGAGGAGGGUACCUCUAAGACACUUGAGGACUCAAAAUUUAGCUUUGGUGGGGAUGGAUUCUUUGAUUUCUCCAAUGAGGAUCCUCUGAAUUUGGAAUGGAUGAGUGAAUUCCUCGAACUCGAUGAGACUUUGUAUGGCUUUCCAUGAUAAUAUUGUAAGUUUUAAGCCUUUGUGAAGCCUUUUGAGUUAGUAGUAGUUUAUGCAUUUGUAUUUUUGUGACGGCUAUUGACAGUUAAGGAAGUCUUUGCUGAUCCAUGGAAAACCCUUCAGUUUCACACACAUCGAUUGCCAACUGCUUUGGCAUCUACAAACAGAAGAAAACAAAGAAAAACUGGAUUUUCCAUGGAUGGACAAACACUUCAGUUGAUAGUUUCCUUCUGUUCUGAUUCAAUGUAAAACGAUGAUAGCCUACAUUUUUGUCUAAUAUUAUGAUUGUACAGUUCGAAUC